GAAGACAGCUAAAGGCUGGAAGAAAACACGCUGAUGAUCCCCAGUCCAUGAAGGGCUCUGUAUCAUUUGAGGACAUCUCUGUGGACUUCACUUGGGACGAGUGGCAGGGUCUGGAUGUUGCUCAGAGGACACUCUACAGGGAUGUGAUGCUGGAGAACUACAGCAGCCUCGUGUUCUUGGGACAUUGCAUGAAACCUGAGCUGAUCCUUAAGUUGGAGCAUGGACUUGGGCCAUGGAGUGUGACAGAAGCCUCUGUCCAGAGCCUUCCAGGUAUUCAUAAAAUAACUGCUCCAAUUGAGACCCACCAGGAACAUCACAAGGGGUAUUUGUGGCAAGUUGGAAUCACCAACAGCCAGACAUCAAAUGAGGAAAUCGUUGAAGUAAACCGGAAGGUGGCACAGAAAAUCCACCAAGGGACAACAUCCUAUGAAGGUAAAGGAUGUGUGAAGACAUUUUGCCAGCCGUCAAAGUACACGAGGAGUCAGAUGACUUAUGCAUGUAAGAAAAGUUUUGGUUCUGCAUCACCUCUCAAUAAGUGUCAGGGGCUCCUUAAAGAAGAGACACUGUAUACACAUAGACAUUGCAGGAAGAAAUUCGCUUGGAACUCCCAUCAAAAGAGUCAUAAAGAUGCGGAGCCAUGUGAAGGCUCAGGAUGUGGGAAAGCUUCCCACACCAAGUCUCAGCAUCAGAGCUCUCAUACAGAUAAGAAGCCCUACAGAUGUCUAGAAUGUGGGAAAUAUUUCUACUAUAGAUCACAGAUCACUGAACAUCAAAGAAGUCAUACAGGGGAGAAGCCUUAUGAGUGUACAGAAUGUGGAAAAUCUUUCAGCUAUAAGUCACAUCUCACUGUACAUCAGAGAAGCCAUACAGGUGAGAAGCCACAUGAAUGUACAGAAUGUAGGAAAGUUUUUUACUAUAGGUCACAACUCACUCGACACCAGAGAAGUCAUACAGGGGAGAAGCCGUAUGAAUGUUUGAAAUGUGGAAAAUCUUUCUACUGUAACACACAUCUUUCUCUACACCAGAGAAUUCAUGUAAGUGAGAAACCUUAUGAGUGCACAGAAUGUGGGAAAGCUUUCUCUUUCAGUGCAUGCCUCACUCGACAUCAGCGGACUCAUACAGAUGAGAAGCCCUAUGAAUGUACACAGUGCCCCAAAGCUUUCUACUUUAAGAAACAACUUACUCAUCAUCAGAAAACUCAUAGUGCUGAGAAGCGCUUUGAAUGUAAGCAAUGUGGGAAGGCAUUCUACUGGAGGUCUAACCUUGCUGUGCAUCAGAAAACUCACACUGGUGAGAAGCCAUUUGAUUGUAAACAGUGUGGAAAAGCAUUUUACUGCAAGUCCCACCUCACUGUGCAUCAGAGAACUCAUAUAAGUGACAAGCUCUAUCAGUGUACAGAAUGUAGAAAAGCAUUCUACUCUCAGACACAGCUUGCAGUACAUCAGAAAACUCACACUGAUGAGAAGCCCUAUGAGUGUAAGCAAUGUGAGAAAACAUUCUACAGCAAGUCUGGACUUACUGCUCAUCAGAAGACUCAUACAGGCAAGAAGCCCUAUGAAUGUAAACAGUGUGGAAAGGCAUUCUAUGAUAGGUAUUUGCUCAUUGAACAUCAUCGAGUUCAUACGGGUGAGAAGCCCUAUCAAUGUACAGAAUGCAGGAAAGCAUUCUACUGCAAGAAAUACCUUUCUUUACAUCAGAAAACUCAUGCAAGUGAGAAGUCAUUUCAUUGUGCAGAGUGUGGGAAAGCUUUCUCCUGGAUGUCACACCUCACUCAACAUCAGAGAAUUCACACUGGUGAGAAGCCCUAUGCAUGUGAACACUGUAGGAAAGCUUACUACUUUAAGAAACAACUCACUCGACACCAGAGAAGUCAUACACAUGAGAAGUCAUUAGAUGUAAAUAAUGCAAAUGCAUCCUCUCUGUCUCGAAAAGAACUCAUACAAAGGAGAAACCCUGUGAAUGUACCAAAUGCAGAAAAUGUUCUCCCUCAUGCUACACCUCACUCAGAGUCAGAUGAGAAAGACUAA